GCUCGCGGAAACAUCAGAGAGAUUACACUGGGGUAAACUAUUUACGAUUUUUAACAAGAAAAACGUUGAAUUUAUUCGAGACGCAAACCGAGUGUACACUUUUCGCUCAUUCUGACGAUGUCUGGAUGUUAAUUUUCACGGCUUUUAAUUGCCCAUGGUUAUAAACACGUGCUGAUUCACAAGAAUGGCUACGGCGCUUGCAUCACCUCACCCUUACCAUUCCCCAAUGCAGUAUCCCAUUUUAAAUGACCAGUGUCUAUCUGGUCGGCGUAUGGAACACAUGAUGACCCCAAACCUGUCCAGACCAUCUGAUAUAGUGCGACCAACACCAAACCAUCCAAUGCAAAUGUGGCCGAAUCUUAGAUCCGCCGAUAUAAUGCCACCUCUCCGGACACCGUUACACCCUCUUCAGUCAAUGGUGACCCCAAACGUUUAUUCUAAUGACCAGGCACAACGAGAGGCUUUUAAUUAUGAACUUCAUCAAGCCCGUCUGCGGCAACAGGAAUUCCUCACUAGUGACAGACCUUUUUUACGAACCCCAUCCACCCCUGUGUGUCCCCUCCCCCAAUUUUCUCCGGUAUCCCCGUCCUUGCCCCACCACGCUGUCCACAAGCAAUUGUCCCCACCCCCAGCUGCCGAGGCUGAAGUGCCGUGGUGGAGCGUGCAGACAGUUCCAGAUAUGAAAAUGAGACAAGCUAUGAUGUUCGGCCAACAAGGGAUUGACUUCCCUUUCCGAUCUCAGUAUCCAUUAAUAGCAGGGAUGAAGCCUAUUCUGACCCCGACCCGUCGCUGUCGAAGAUGUAGAUGUCCAAAUUGUCAGUCAGCCAAAAGCAGCGACAACCCGAACAAAAAGAAGCAACACAUUUGUCAUAUUGCCGGAUGCGGCAAAGUGUACGGAAAAACAUCUCACCUUAAGGCUCACUUGCGGUGGCAUUCCGGAGAGAGACCGUUUGUGUGUAACUGGUUAUUUUGUGGGAAAAGCUUCACAAGGUCGGAUGAGCUACAAAGACAUUUGCGAACCCACACCGGGGAAAAAAGAUUCGCUUGCAAAGAGUGUGGGAAGCGGUUUAUGAGAAGUGACCAUUUGAGCAAACAUAUCAAGACGCAUGACAAUAAGCGUCCAAAGGAAGAAGUUGUGUCCGAGAAUGACGCAUCGAACGCGUCCGAUGACGAGGAUGAAGACAUUGAUGUGGAUGGAAUAGAUGAGUUUGAUGACAUAUGUGAAAAUGUUGAUAUUGAUGUAUAAUGUGAUACCAGUGUUAUAAUAUUGAAUACAAAUGAUGCAAGUGACUUAUUAAUAUAAACACGCACACACGUAUGUACAUGUACUACUGGUGCAAUAUAUGUACAUGUAUUAUUGGUGCAAUCUAACUGUGAUUAAUCUAGAAUUAGUGCUAUAUUGUUUAAGAAUCGAUUUUCUGAUUUCAGUGCUCAUCGUGGCCAUUUAAAAUUUAUUCAUUUGUAGUUUUAUAUAUAAAUUUUACGAAGUACAAAUCUAUGUGUUUUAAAUACCAAACUGUUGAUGUAACACUCGAAAAGUAUCGCAAAUUACUUCUGACGUUUUUUAGUAUCUUAAACUAUAAAUAACUUUAAAUACAGUGUAUUAAUUAAGUUAAAAUUCCAUAAAAAUUUCCCCGUCUAUAGUGGAGAUAUUCUUAUAAAAUGAUAAAUUUGGUAUAGCAUUGCUAGAGUUUCUCUGUUUUUUCGGGAAAAUUUGCUUACAUCUCAUAAAGUUGAUAGAUUCCUUUUAAUAAAUGUUUAAUUUAGGAUCAUUG